AUGGCAAACAUGAUGAACCAGAUGCCAUUGCCGCAACUGUCAAAAUCAAACUAUGAGAACUGGAGCAUUCAGAUGAAGGCGCUGCUUGGAUCGUUAGAUGUGUGGGAGGUUGUAGAAGAAGGGUUUGAAGAACCAGAAACCACGACGGGAAAUACAACAGCCCAGAACAAGGCGUUGAAAGAGACGCGGUCGAAAGACAAAACGACAUUAUACAUGUUGUUUAGAGCAGUAGACGAAUCUGGUUUUGAGAAGAUUGCUGGUUCAACUACUUCGAAGCAAGCGUGGGAUACACUAGAGACGGCGUUCAGAGGAGCAAAUAGAGUCAAGCAAGUUCGUUUGCAAACUCUUCGAGGAGAAUUAGAAAGGAUGAAGAUGAAGGAGACGGAGUCCGUGUCGGACUACAUCACGCGUGUGCAAACAGUUGUAAAUCAACUGAAACGAAAUGGAGAAGCCAUGACCGAUGCUCGAGUUGUCGAAAAGAUUUUAAGAUCUUUGACUGAAAAAUUCGAAAAUAUAGUAUGUGCAAUAGAGGAGUCGAAGGACCUUGCGACAAUCACUGUCGAAGAAGUAGCUGGUUCACUUGAGGCACACGAACAACGCAAAAUACAAAAGAAGGAGGAGACACUUGAUAAUGCAGAACAGACAAAGGAAUCCACUAGAGAUGAAAGGGCACUUUUAUCUCAAAACUGGCGUGGUCGAGGACGUGGUCGUGGAGGUCGAAAUGGUGGUCGAAGGCAAAGGAACAAUUUGUUAUUUGCAGAAAGACAACGUACCUGGAAAAAUACAAGAUGUUUAUUAUGUACCAGAUUUAAAAGCAAAUAUUCUAAGUCUGGGGCAACUUACAGAGAAGGGAUAUUCGAUAUUUAUGAAGGAUCGAAUACUGCAUUUGAAGGAUAA